CAGGACCCUGAAUUCACUAUAUCUGGUCUCCCAGGACCCUGCAUUCACUAUAUCUGGUCUCCCAGGACCUUGCAUUCACUAUAUCUGGUCUCCCAGGACCCUGCAUUCACUAUAUCUGGUCUCCCAGGACCCUGCAUUCACUAUAUCUGGUCUCCCAGGACCCUGCAUUCACUAUAUCUGGUCUCCCCGGACCCUGCAUUCACUAUAUCUAGUCUCCCAGGACCCUGCAUUCACUAUAUCUGGUCUCUCACACUACACAGAACAUGGAAAUGCACUCUCCCAAGAAAAAAAAACGCUCCAGCAACACAUACUAAACUGAGCAUGUGCAGAGUGACUCCUAGAGCUCUGUACUAUCAGCAG